GUGUUUACGUCUGCCUUCAUCUCCAUCCUUUCGCUCUAGCAUAAGCAAAAUUAUAACCCCCGCACACUGACAAUUAUCAUAGCCUGGGCGCUCCUCUGUUGAGGGACUUCGCCCCCGAGACCGCUGACUGUCUGUGAAUGACAAAUCAAAAGUCAGGGUUGCAGAAUCAGCUGGACUUCUCCUGGUCCUUUGCAGCAGAGGGAGAAAGCAGAGAAUGAAAGAUUCUGAAAAUAAAGGUGCCUUGUCUCCAGACAUGGAGCCUAGCUAUGGGGGAGGUCUCUUCGACAUGGUAAAAGGUGGUGCAGGGAGGCUCUUUAGUAACCUAAAGGACAACUUGAAAGACACCCUCAAAGACACAUCUUCUAGAGUCAUACAAUCUGUUGCCAGCUACACAAAGGGAGAUUUAGACUUCACUUAUGUUACCUCCAGAAUUAUUGUGAUGUCCUUUCCUAUGGACAAUGUUGACAUAGGAUUCAGAAAUCAAGUUGAUGACAUUCGGAGCUUUUUGGAUUCCAGACAUCUUGACCACUACACAGUCUAUAAUCUGUCGCCCAAGUCUUAUCGAACUGCCAAGUUUCACAGCCGGGUCUCAGAAUGCAGUUGGCCCAUUAGGCAGGCCCCAAGUCUGCACAACCUCUUUGCUGUGUGUCGGAAUAUGUAUAAUUGGCUGCUACAGAAUCCCAAAAACGUCUGCGUUGUCCACUGCUUGGAUGGACGGGCGGCAUCGUCAAUUCUGGUUGGUGCUAUGUUUAUUUUCUGUAAUCUCUACUCUACUCCUGGCCCCGCCGUUCGAUUGCUCUAUGCAAAGCGACCAGGAAUUGGACUGUCGCCAUCCCACAGGAGAUAUCUGGGCUAUAUGUGUGACCUACUGGCAGACAAACCCUACCGUCCUCACUUCAAGCCUCUCACCAUCAAGGCGAUCACUGUCAGUCCAAUCCCUUUUUUCAACAAGCAGAGAAAUGGAUGUCGCCCUUACUGUGAUGUUCUGCUUGGAGAAACCAAAAUAUAUUCAACCUGCACAGAUUUUGAACGAAUGAAAGAAUACCGUGUGCAAGAUGGAAAAAUCUUCAUUCCUUUGAACAUCACUGUACAAGGAGACGUGAUUGUUUCUAUGUACCACUUGAGGUCAACCAUCGGGAGCCGGCUGCAGGCUAAGGUGACCAACACACAGAUAUUCCAGCUCCAGUUCCAUUCUGGAUUCAUACCCCUGGACACAACAGUUUUAAAGUUCACCAAGCCUGAAUUGGAUGCAUGUGAUGUACCAGAAAAAUAUCCUCAGCUAUUUCAGGUGAUGUUGGAUGUAGAACUACAGCCCCAUGACAAAGCGGUAGACUUAACCCCACCAUGGGAGCAUUACUGCACAAAAGAUGUCAACCCUAGCAUUCUCUUCUCUUCUCACCAGGAACAUCAAGAUACUCUGGCCUUGGGAGGACAGGCUCCAAUAGAUAUCCCUCCAGACAACCCCAGGCAUGUUGGGCAAGGUGGCUUCUUUGCCUCUCUCUGUUGGCAAGAUCAGAAAGCAGAGAAAUCGCUCUGUGAGGAGGACCACGCAGCACUAGUGAAUCAGGAAAGUGAGCAAUCGGAUGAUGAACUCCUAACCCUUUCUAGUCCGCACGGCAAUGCCAAUGGUGACAAACAUCACGGAGCCAAGAGGCCCAGCAAAAAGCAGCAGGAGCCAGCUGCCCCUCCACCUGCGGAAGAGGUGGACCUUCUGGGCUUGGAGGGGUCCGACCUGAGUAAGAACUUCUCUCCGCCCGCGGCUCCUCCCACCAAUUCUGAACUACUGAGUGACCUAUUUGGCGGCGGAGGUGCGGCUGGUCCUGCCCAGGCUGGACAGUCAGGGGUGGAGGACGUGUUUCAUCCUAGUGGACCCGGAUCCACCCAGUCAACGCCACGCCGUUCCACCACCUCCACCUCCGCGUCACCAACCCUUCGAGUGGGAGAAGGUACCACCUUUGACCCGUUUGGAGCACCUUCUAAGCCGUCAGAUCAGGAUUUGCUGGGUUCUUUUCUGAGCACAUCCAGUGCUUCCAGUGACCCCUUUCUACAGCCCACCAGAAGUCCUUCACCUACAGUGCAUGCUUCUAGCACACCUGCUGUGAACAUUCAGCCAGAUGUUUCUGCAGGUUGGGACUGGCAUACUAAACCAGGAGGUUUUGGAAUGGGUAGCAAGUCAGCUGCCACCAGCCCAACAGGAUCCUCACAUGGCACUCCUACCCAUCAAAACAAACCCCAGACUCUGGAUCCUUUUGCUGACCUUGGGACACUAGGUGGUUCUUCAUUUGCUAGCAAACCUACCACACCAACUGGACUGGGUGGAGGAUUUCCAUCUCUCAGCUCGCCACAGAAAGCAUCUCCCCAGCCUAUGGCUGGAGGGUGGCAGCAGGCUGGAGGCUACAACUGGCAGCAGUCACAGGCUAAGCCCCAGCCCAGCAUGCCACACUCCUCCCCUCAGAACCGCCCCAACUACAACGUGAGCUUCUCAGCGAUGCCUGCAGCCCAGGGCGAGCGAGGGAAAGGAUCAACUAAUCUGGAAGGGAAACAAAAAGCAGCAGAUUUUGAAGACCUACUUUCUAGUCAAGGCUUCAAUGCUCACAAAGACAAAAAGGGACCCCGAACAAUAGCUGAGAUGAGAAAGGAGGAAAUGGCUAAGGAAAUGGAUCCCGAGAAGUUGAAGAUUCUGGAAUGGAUAGAAGGCAAAGAGAGAAAUAUCAGAGCCCUUCUGUCCACAAUGCACACUGUGCUGUGGGCUGGAGAGACCAAGUGGAAACCAGUUGGCAUGGCAGACCUGGUGACACCAGAGCAGGUGAAGAAGGUAUACAGGAGGGCUGUGCUGGUUGUGCACCCAGAUAAAGCUACUGGGCAACCCUAUGAACAAUAUGCAAAGAUGAUUUUCAUGGAGCUAAACGAUGCCUGGUCUGAAUUUGAAAACCAAGGCCAAAAGCCCUUGUAUUAAAUUGUGAGCUUUUUCGUCUCAGCUGCAGACCUGUGCUAAUGCUUAGUGUAUAUCACAAUUCUGAGGUUUUCACAGAUGAACCAAAAAUUCCAGUAAUGCAUUUCUAGUACUAAACUGUUAAAUUACUCGUGAAUUAAUUUCUCAUAAUAAGGAAAUGUGGACAUUUGGUUUCUCCAAACCCCUGCCAUAAAAGAUCCAAAGCAAGAGAAGGAAUUUUUAGAUAGAUGAUCCUGCAGAGACAGAACAUUCCAGCCUGCUCUUUGGGGAGCCUACUAAGCUGUUUGCCUGGGAAAAUGGAAAAUUGAGGCCACCAAAGGUGAAGGCAUAACAUCCAUCUUAUUGCUGUGAGAAUAAGAUUAAUUAGCAAAAGUUAUGAUAAUAGGAUUACCUGAUGGUUUUAAAGAACGGUUUUAGGUGGGUUUUUUUGAAAGAUAAUUUGAGUGAUGGUUUUACAAAGACUCCAGGAACAUAACCACCAACUAUUUUUUAAUGGAAAUUACAAUGUAUGGUUGUUAGCAUAAUACUGCAUAGUCAUUUGAGCAGGAGCACUAACUAAUAUAAAGGAACUUGGAUUGUGGGAAGUGAUUAUGUAAAAUUUCAGGGAUUACCACCAAUUCUUCCUGGAUAAGUUAAAAAUGAACACAAAUGCUGAUUAAAGAAAAUAGAAACUCUGAAGAUGUAGAAAUCUUGACUUCUGGUCAGGAUGUUGGGCUGCUGCCCUCUUUUCCCUUGAGAAAAGUAUAGUUGAUUAAAGAAAAACUCUUAAUAACAUAACAAUUCUGAACCUGAUUUGAAAGACACUUCAAUUUUACCAUAAGACAUAAUACUCAUUUUUUUGCUUAGUCAAGAAAAUGUUUCUUAGCUGGUAACACAUUAGAAAGCAGUUUGGCCCAGUCACAUUUUGUCAGGAUCAAUACCUGGACUCAAUGUUCUGUAGAUUUGUGAGCACUUGUGAUAAGGACAAAAGACAAGGUCAGGAGAAGGUGAGGAGUCAGGAGAAGGGUGCAGUUGCAGGGAGAGUGCUGUGUGCAUCUUCAGACCUAGUCAGUGGCCUGUUAGUAUUUGCUUUGAGAAACUCUGUUCCUUCCCAGCCAAUGACUAUGGAUCCCUUGGAUUAUUUUUGUGGGGUUUAUUGUUGUAAAGUAGUUGGAGGUCUACAGGAACAAUAUUCAGAUAGGGACCUUCGUGAAAGCACGGCAAGAAGGAAACUUUUCCAGACCUCCAACUGGUUGGAUUUCAAUUCAGUGUUUGGCUGUCUCUCAUUUUGAGGGGUAAGCAGUUUGUUAUUCUGUGGCUUUAGUAGAUCUCCUAGUGAGCACAUACAUGAUGUGCGUUUUAUAUAUAUAAAUAUAUGUAUAUAUAUUAAAUGCACAUAUAUAUGCACAAAGCAGGUGGUCAUGAAGAUUUUGAUGCUAAUCUUAAAAGAUUUAUGCUCAAUAUCAUGAAAUGCUUUCAAAAGUUGUUUUUCAAAGACAAUCAUUUUUUGUUUCUGUUUUAAUUUUCUUGUGGCAAACUGUACCAGAAAAGCAGCAUGUCAAAAAUUCUUUAGGUUCUAUAUAGAUCUUUCUUUUUUGGUCACAAACAUUAAUUAUUUAUUUUACAUUUUAUUGAUAAUGUGAAACUCUCAAAAAAUGUUCUCUUUUUAAAUACACAGCUGUAAACUGUUCAAGGUAACCAUAACAAACUAGAUGUUACUUCUUAAUGUAUUAUAAUGUUUGAUCCAGUAUGUGCUUGUCUUACUUAAAACUGGAAUGUGAGACAUGUUGCUGUGACCUGUUUUUUCUUUUCUCAUUCACAUUUGUAGAUAUCGUAUGAACUACAGUAUAUAAUGACAAUAAUUAAAAGGAUAUUAUGUGGAAGUCAUGUACAUUUUGAAAUCAUAGAACUAUAUUAGCUUUGUAUCAUGUUUGGAUAAUUCAUUAAUGUUCACAGUUAAAAAUAUCAUUAAAAUUAUGUAAUUAGCAAUGAGAAAGAAUCUUACUUAAAGUCAGGGGCUUCCCCCCAUCUCUUUUCCAGAUACAUUAUAAUUCUGGACCCCUGUUUAUCAGAAAACUCUGAACAUAUGCAGACCAACAGGUUUAUGCAUUCCUUUUAAAUAUCUGGUAGUGACAGAGCUUGUUGUUGAUCUGAUUCACUGUUUCAUUCAUAUUUAUUGUAAUAUAUUUUUUGUUUUGUAAAUAUAUUAUACACAACAAAAUGUGAUUGGUCUAAAAUAUUUGUAAUGUAUAUUAAAAGGCUCAAAAAUAUUUUUAGAAACCUAAGUUAUUUUUGUACUUGUAGGAAUACAAUGACAAAUUUGAAUUACAUCUCUGACCUGAUUCACUUUAAAGGAAAAUUAUGGGGAAAGAAUAUGAAAAACAUAUAAUACAUUUUCACCAAAAUGUAAUCUGAUGAGAUUUCCUAUACUUUCAUCAUCCAUACACACACACACACACACACACACACACACACACACACACACACACAUUCUUUCUCUCUCUGAUCAUGCUAUGUGAAUACCAUGUUUUGAAAUGAACCAGCAUAGAUCUGCUGCUCUCCUGAUCAGAAUAUUAAUGGAUUUUCAAAAACACAUUUGUAGGGCUGUGGA